UAAUCCAUUCUUAUCAUUCGAAGUGCGAUUAAAAUUUGUUUAUCCUAUAAUUAAUAGUUUUUACUCUGUGACCUGUUGACUUGGCAGUACGAAAUACUCUCAGAGAAGAAUUAUUUUGAAACAUCUUGUUGUCCGGUGAAGAUGCACACAGCCACUAAAAUGAUAUUCCGCAUAUCCCUCCUGCUGAUCUCACUGACCUGCUACGUGCACUCCCAAAAUCUUACCAAACCAAAGGAUGACGUGCCAGUAAGUCUGCUCGCCCUCAACAACGUCGUCAUCGAAGACUACCACGGACCCAUGGACUCCAAGACCCUGAAUCUCUUCGAAAACGUCGAAACCCUAGCUUUCCAAGGCUGCAACUUCACCAAGUUCAACGAGAACUUCCUACACCCCCUGAAGAAGCUACGCAAACUUAUAAUCGCCAACAGCCACUUCGACAGGGUCAAAGACGACAUCUCCAUCUGCUGCAAGAACCUACGCGAGAUCGAACUGAUCCAGAGCGACAUCGGAGGAGUCACGGAGGACGGAAUGAAGAAAGUGGGCGGCAUGAAGACGUUGGAAAGGCUGUAUUUCUUCAGGUUGGACGCGCCCAAGCUGUUCGCCAAGAGCCUGGAGGGCUCCAACCUCAAAACCCUCGAGAUCGAGUACAGCAACCUCGCAACCAUCGAGGACGGCGCCUUCGACGGCAUGGACAAGCUGGAGGUGUUGAACCUGCAGAAGAACAAGAUCGACAAGUUCCCCACCAAGAACCUGGCCUCCCUGAAGAACCUGAAGGAGUUGAACUUGAAGGGGAACCUGCUGACGAAGGUCACGACCGAAGAUUUUCCGGCUUUGCCCAAUUUGGAGAAGGUCAACCUGGGGCACAACCCCAUCAAGGAGAUCGACCUCAAAGGGCUGAAGGAGAAGCUGCCCAAGCUCAAACAAGUCGAUGUGUCUGGAAUAGAAAUAGAUCUAUCGAAAAACGAGGGUGUUCCUCUUAUUAAACAACAAGUACUUUAAGUUACUUAUGAUAUUCAGUGUGUAUUUGUUACUGUUAUUGUUAUUAUAUCUUUUGAACUUC